UAAGAUUAGCAGCAGAAGCAGAGUAGAGCAGGUCUGUUCAGGUUGUUAGGAAUAACUAAGUGUCCAGAAGGUCACUCCCACAGUUUAAUAAAAGCGAGCUUGUUGAUAAGAGGAGAGCCCACUGUGAUCAUCACUUGUAACAUGAAAUGCAUUGUGGGACUCGUGCUUUUUGUGCUCUAUUUUUUUGCAUUGUCUCUUGCUGUGAUUCCAAAAUGCUUCAAGAUGAAAGCAGAAAUCGACCACCUCCGGCAUUUUCCGCUCUCAGAGAGCAAUGUGACAACUCUGUCUGUCGGUGAUGUGCUUUAUGAUCCAGAGUGUGAACCCAAUGGGCUCUUCAAGGCCAAGCAGUGCAAAAGUAGUGACGUAUGCUGGUGUGUCGAUGGUGCAGGUGUGCGGCGAUCUCACUAUGGUGAUCGAAAUCUUCGGUGUGAGGAACUCGUUGGGCCAAACUGGGUACGCAUUAUGAUGAAGAGCAAAGAAACUAGUACCCCCUUGGAGCUUUCCCAGGUGCAGAGAGCUAUUGCCAGUGCCAUUCAGGACCAAGACAAUGGUGAUCCAAAAAUUCAAGUCAAGUAUGAUGUUGAUGCGCGUCUCAUCACCAUGGAGGUGAGGAAAAACGCUGAUGAUCAUACACAGGAUCUGUCUCUACUGAACUACUACAUAGAGAAAGACGCUGUUGUGCAGUCGUUAUUCAAUGACCAAAUGAACUUUGAACCAACAAUCGAAAGUGAAAAACUGGAGCUUGAGAGCAUCAUGGUUUACUAUGUGGAAGAGAAGGAACCCACAAACGGCAUAAAGCCGCUCACUACCGGCCUUCUAACUGUCACUUGUGUGUUUAUCCUGACAGCUUGUGUUGGGCUCUUAAUUCUGUUCCUGAUCAGAAGACAAAAGAAGGCCCAAUAUGAAAAAGCUCAGACCAGGGAUUUGGAAGAGAUUUAGUUACUAACCCAAGCUUCAAGCUGGUGAAAAAUGAUGACGCAACAAAACACCUGAUGAUUAUAAAUGCAUACACUGUUUAUGAGCUAUAUUCAUGUUAUUGUCUCUUUGUUUCUCUUUUUUGAAUUAUGAAUCAAUUUCAAUAAAAUUCAAAAUAGAUUGGAAUACAUUGAUAUUGGAUACAUAGAGUGUGUUUAAUAUUACACAACAUCAUUGUCAUUGCCAUCUUCAAUGUUACUCAUGUAAUAUGUCCCACUAAGGAAUGUUUAUUUCUUUUAAAAAUAAAAAGAUUAUGUUA